AUGAAUCCUGAACAAAUCAAUGAAAUAUUAAAUUACAGUUCUGAUUCAGACAUUGACGAGGAUGAUUAUAGUAGUUCUGAAGAGUAUCUGCCACCAGGUAAUGAAUCUGAAAGUGAACACUCUGACGGUAAUUCUGUGGAAAAUGGUAUUGAUUUUGAAAAUUCUGAAUGGAAUUUUGAUAUAAAUACAGAACCCGAAUUUGUUGAUUUCACCGGUAUUCCUGGCUUACGGUGGCAUGAUAUUGAUGUUGACGAACUAAAAAAAUUACUUGGUCUCAGUAUCGUAAUGGGAUACUUGAAAUUUCCGUCUCUAGGUACAUAUUGGUCUAAGUUCGAACUAGAUUUUCACCCAAUUUUCGAAAAAACAAUGAGUCGUCAUCGUUACGAACUCAUUUUAAGAUUUUUAUGCUUUUACGACCCGAGAUCAGCGGACACAUCUGACCGUCUACAUAAAAUAGAAAAUGUAACAAAACAUGUCAUAAAUAAUAUCCAAACGAAAUAUUAUCCGAAACAAAAUUUGUCUUUGGACGAAUCUAUGAUGUUAUGGAGAGGAAGGCUAAGCUUUCGGCAAUACAUACCUAGUAAAGCCCAUAAAUAUGGCAUAAAAUUUUAUGAACUUUGUUCAUCUGAUGGUUUUUUAUUGAACUUUAUAAUUUACAAAGGAAAAGGGACAGUUAUAGAUGAGAAUGGAGUAACUUUUGGUAUUGUAACUAAAUUAAUGCAAAAUUAUUUAGGUAAAGGGCACACUUUAUACAUGGAUAAUUUUUACAACAGUGUUCAAUUAGUCCAGCAUUUAUAUAAUAAUAAAAUCACAGUCGUGGGAACGUUGCGUAAAAAUAGGAAAGAUAACCCUAAAGAAGUUUUAAAUUCUAAAUUAAAUAAAGGCGAAGUGAGUCACGCCCAAAAGGGAAAUAUACACGUGAUCAAAUGGAGAAAUAUGAGGGAUGUAAGCAUGAUAUCAUCCAAACAUAAACUCGAUUUUGAAAAUGUAAUUGAUAAAUUUGGGCGAAGCAAAUUUAAACCAAAUAUGGUAGUUGACUAUAAUUCUAAAAUGUCCGGAAUUGAUAGAAUAGACCAAAUGAUCAGCUAUUAUCCAAUACCAAGAAAAAGUAUGCGCUG